AUGCGUAGGAACAAAGAAGACUUCAGUACUGCUAUUCUGGAGCGCAAGAAGGCCCCCAAUAGGCUCAUUGUUGAAGAAGCUGUCAACGAUGACAACUCCAUUGUCGCGUUGCGCCCUGACACAUUGGAGAAGCUUCAAGCUCUUUCGUGGCGACACUGUUUUGAUCAAGUCAGAAUGUGCUUGGAGUUUUGGGUUAGGGGAAAGAAAAGAAGAGAUACAAUCUGUAUUGCACUUGCUGAUGACACUUGUGAUGAACCAAAGAUUAGGAUGAACAAAGUUGUUAGAUCCAACCUGAGGGUCAGACUUGGUGAUGUAGUUUCUGUUCAUCAGUGUGCUGAUGUCAAAUAUGGGAAUCGGGUGCACAUUCUUCCUGUGGAUGACACUAUUGAAGGUAAGGUGCUGUGCUUAUAUCUCUUUUGGUCUGCAUUGUCUGCAGCUUAUUUCCUGGAAGCAUACCGUCCUGUGCGGAAGGGUGACCUCUUUCUUGUAAGGGGAGGAAUGCGAAGUGUGGAAUUCAAGGUUAUUGAAACUGAUCCUCCAGAAUACUGUGUUGUUGCCCCUGAUACUGAGAUCUUCUGUGAAGGAGAGCCUGUGAAAAGGGAGGAUGAGGAUAGGUUGGAUGAGGUUGGUUAUGAUGAUGUUGGUGGAGUUCGUAAACAGAUGGCACAGAUUCGUGAAUUAGUGGAGCUUCCACUAAGGCAUCCUCAACUUUUCAAGUCAAUUGGUGUCAAGCCCCCGAAAGGAAUUCUACUCUAUGGACCUCCUGGAUCUGGAAAGACUUUAAUAGCACGAGCUGUUGCUAAUGAAACCGGUGCUUUCUUCUUCUGUAUUAAUGGACCAGAGAUUAUGUCGAAAUUGGCUGGAGAGAGUGAAAGCAAUCUCAGAAAAGCAUUUGAGGAAGCAGAGAAAAAUGCACCUUCCAUUAUCUUUAUUGAUGAGAUUGAUUCAAUUGCUCCCAAGCGUGAGAAAACAAAUGGAGAAGUUGAGAGGAGAAUUGUUUCCCAGCUUUUGACACUUAUGGAUGGACUUAAAUCACGUGCUCAUGUUAUUGUAAUUGGUGCCACAAAUCGUCCUAACAGCAUUGAUCCUGCCUUGAGAAGGUUCGGUCGAUUUGAUAGGGAAAUUGAUAUUGGUGUCCCAGAUGAAGUUGGGCGUCUUGAGGUUCUGCGUAUCCAUACAAAGAACAUGAAGCUCUCUGAUGAGGUUGAUUUGGAAAGAAUUGCUAAAGACACACAUGGUUAUGUUGGUGCUGAUCUAGCAGCCCUGUGCACUGAGGCUGCACUUCAAUGUAUCAGAGAGAAAAUGGAUGUGAUUGAUUUGGAAGAUGAGUCUAUAGAUGCAGAGAUACUCAACUCCAUGGCUGUUACCAACGAGCACUUUCAGACUGCUCUUGGUACAAGUAAUCCCUCUGCUUUGCGCGAAACUGUUGUUGAGGUGCCCAAUGUCAGUUGGGAUGAUGUUGGAGGCCUAGAGAAUGUAAAGAGGGAGCUUCAAGAGACUGUUCAAUAUCCUGUGGAACAUCCUGAGAAAUUUGAGAAGUUUGGUAUGUCUCCGUCAAAGGGUGUUCUUUUCUAUGGUCCUCCUGGAUGUGGGAAAACUCUAUUAGCCAAGGCUAUUGCCAAUGAAUGUCAAGCAAACUUCAUCAGUGUAAAGGGUCCAGAAUUGCUUACCAUGUGGUUUGGAGAAAGUGAGGCUAAUGUCCGAGAAAUAUUUGACAAGGCUCGACAAUCUGCUCCUUGUGUCCUAUUUUUUGACGAGCUUGACUCCAUUGCUACCCAGAGAGGAAGCAGCGUCGGAGAUGCUGGGGGUGCCGCAGAUAGGGUUUUGAACCAGCUUCUUACUGAAAUGGAUGGAAUGUCUGCUAAGAAAACUGUUUUUAUUAUUGGGGCAACCAACAGACCUGAUAUAAUUGACCCAGCACUUUUACGUCCUGGCCGUCUUGAUCAGUUGAUUUAUAUUCCUCUGCCCGACGAGGAGUCUCGGUACCAGAUUUUCAAGGCGAAUCUGCGGAAAUCUCCUGUUUCCAAAGAUGUUGAUUUACAAGCACUUGCCAAGUAUACUCAAGGCUUCAGUGGUGCUGAUAUUACGGAAAUAUGCCAACGUGCAUGCAAAUAUGCCAUUAGAGAGAAUAUUGAGAAGGAUAUUGAGAGGGAAAAGAGGAGAAGAGAAAACCCUGAGGCUAUGGAGGAAGAUAUUGAUGAUGAAGUAGCUGAGAUCCAGGCCGCCCACUUUGAGGAAUCAAUGAAAUAUGCUAGAAGAAGUGUUAGUGAUGCUGAUAUUCGCAAGUACCAGGCAUUUGCUCAAACUCUGCAGCAGUCUAGAGGGUUCGGGUCUGAGUUCCGAUUUUCAGAAACAAGUGCAGAUGCUGCAGGGUCUGAUCCAUUUGCUGCCUCUGCUGGUGCGGCAGAUGGAGAUGACCUGUAUUGUUAA